AUGGGCUCGCCAGACCCUGCCCAGAUCGACGGCAUGGGUGGUGGGCGUGUUGUCACCUCAAAGGUUGCCAUCAUUCGACCAUCCAAGCGACCCGACGCCGACAUCGAUUACAUCUUUGCUCAAAUCGGUCUCGGGGAGGCAACAGUCUCGUAUGAUGCAAACUGCGGCAAUAUUUCUUCUGGUGUUGGGCCGUUCGCGAUCAACGAAGGCCUGGUCAAAAGCUCAACAUGGUGCGAUGGGAAAAGAGUUGUGAAGAUUUACAACACGGGAACGGAUGCUCUGCUGGUUGCCCAUGUCCCUGUUGAUCCAGCAACCGGACGUGCUUUGGAGAAGGGAAAUUAUGCUAUCUCCGGCUGUCAAGGUACGGGUGCGCCUAUUCUGAUGGACUACUCCCAGUAG